GCCACGCGGCUAAGCUGAAUGUGAACAUCAAUCUCUCAUUCACUGUGGAAUCAAGUACGCGUUGAUCUUACAAAAUCAGCACUUAAGAAUGCCACCCCUUCUUGAUUCGUCAGCCCCAAAAUCAAGAAAAUAUUCUAAACUCUCUUUCUGUAAUCAAUUUGAGUGAUCAUGGCUGGAACAAGCUAUCCUAAUCCACCUAUGGCUUAUCCAUCUAUGGCUAACACGAUUGCAGUGAUAAGCCCACAAUUCUGUGUUUCUUACCCGGUUGAUCUUACAAUUGUGAGGAAGUUAAUGACUUUGUCUGAGGGUAAUUUCGGAGUUACCGAUGUAAAUGGCAACAUAAUGUUCAGAGUCAAAGGCAAGCUCUUUAGUCUUCAUGAUCGCCGUGUCUUGUAUGAUGCUGCUGGUAACCCUCUUAUCACUUUUCAACAAAAGUUACUAUCUGCCCACAGAAGAUGGCAAGUAUUCCGAGGAGAGAGUACUGAUGCAAAAAAUCUGCUUUUUUCCGUGAAAAAGUCGUCUCUUCUUCAAUUUCGAACCAAGUUAGAUGUGUUCAUGGCCUCUAACACCGCUGAGAAUGUCUGCGACUUCAAAAUCGAAGGCAGCUGGCUGGAGAGGUCAUGCGUUAUAUAUGCCGGGAAUUCUAAUAAUAUCAUUGCUCAGAUGCACAGGAAACACAGUGCCCAAAGCAUUCUGCUCGGUAAAGAUACAUUUGGGGUGACUGUAUAUCCAAACGUCGAUUAUGCCUUCAUUGUUGCACUCGUGGUCAUUCUCGAGGAAAUUAACGAGGACAGAUCGGGUGAAGAUUGAAAUCACCAUCAGACGAUGAUCGUGUUAUUCCGUAAAUGUAACCUCAUCCAUGUAUUUGGAUAUUUCCCUUCAACCAAUCAUGUCAAAUAAAUGUAGAGUUGAAGGAGAGAUCUGAGCCCGUGAAAGGAGGAUUGCUUAUCUCAUUGCCGGUACUCUAAUAAAUCGUUUUCUGUUGAAUUUGUGUAAGAAUUGGUGAGCUUCUUCAUGAUAUGAAAGUAUUGUGAAGAACAUUAUGAUGUUACUGUUGUCAC